AUGUCCGCCAAGUCAAUCCUCGAAGCUGAUGGCAAGGCCAUCCUCAACUACCACCUCACUCGUGCUCCCGUCAUCAAACCAACUCCUCUUCCUCCGUCUACCACUCACAACCCUCCUCCUCGUCUUGCCUCCCUCUACUUCCCAGAAGAUGCUGCCGUCAAGGAUGUUCUCGACCAGGCGGAGGUUCUCUACCCAUGGUUGUUGACUCCUGGGUCCAAGUUCGUUGCUAAGCCCGACCAAUUGAUCAAGCGGCGAGGCAAGAGUGGCCUGCUGGCUCUCAACAAGACCUGGGCUGAGGCUAGGGAAUGGAUCGAGAUUCGUGCUGGAAAGGAGAUUCUGGUUGAGACUGUUACUGGCGUUCUUCGUCAGUUCCUGGUUGAGCCUUUCGUCCCUCAUCCUCAAGAGACGGAGUACUACAUCAACAUCAAUUCCGAGCGUGAGGGUGACUGGAUCCUCUUCACCCACGAAGGUGGCGUCGAUGUCGGUGAUGUUGAUGCCAAAGCGGAAAAACUCCUUAUCCCCGUCAACUUGAAGAACUACCCCUCAAAUGAGGAAAUUGCUGCUGCUCUGCUGAGCAAGGUGCCCAAGGGUGUUCAUAAUGUCCUGGUGGACUUUAUCUCUCGGCUUUAUGCCGUUUACGUUGACUGCCAGUUCACCUACCUGGAAAUCAACCCCCUGGUCGUCAUCCCCAACGCGGACGCCACGUCUGCUGAGGUUCACUUCCUGGACUUGGCUGCCAAGCUGGACCAGACUGCCGAGUUUGAGUGCGGCACCAAGUGGGCUGUUGCCCGUAGCCCCGCCAACUUGGGCCUAGCUGCUCCCUCGAGGGAUGAGAAGGUUAACAUCGACGCUGGACCCCCCAUGGAGUUCCCUGCUCCCUUCGGUCGUGAGCUAAGCAAGGAGGAGAAGUUCAUCUCAGACAUGGAUGCGAAGACCGGUGCCUCUCUUAAGCUUACUGUGCUCAACUCCAAUGGCCGUAUCUGGACCCUUGUUGCUGGUGGUGGUGCCUCCGUUGUGUACGCUGAUGCCAUUGCUUCUGCUGGUUUUGUCAGUGAGCUGGCCAACUAUGGUGAAUACUCCGGUGCUCCCACCGAGACUCAAACCUUCAACUACGCCCGUACUGUCCUCGAUUUGAUGUUGCGCGCUCCCACCCACCCCGACGGCAAGGUCCUCUUUAUCGGCGGUGGUAUUGCCAACUUCACCAACGUCGCCUCGACCUUCAAGGGUGUCAUUCGUGCUCUGCGCGAAGUUGCCCCCGUCCUGAAUGAGCACAAGGUCCAGAUCUGGGUUCGCCGUGCUGGUCCCAACUACCAGGAGGGACUUAAGAACAUCAAGGCUGUUGGUGAGGAGUUGGGUCUCAACAUGCAUGUGUAUGGACCUGAGAUGCACGUCAGUGGUAUUGUACCCCUUGCCCUCCUCGGUAAGAAGACCGAUGUCAAGGAGUUUGGUGCCGCGUAA